AUGAAGGAUCGACGAACUGACAAGCGUAGUUUUAUUGCUGACGUCCUUCUGAUAGCGAGAUGCUACGUUGUCUGGGGGAACAGAAAAUCCAUUUUAUUUGCAUGUCUUGUAUUGCUGUUAGUCGGGACAGCUUUCGGAAUCAUAAGUGAAGGAACGACAACACCUUCUCUUAAAAGGUUCAUCGCAGUCUUCAUCCUGCUAGUGUUGGUUCUGAAUGUAGGGAUAACUCUGUUAACCGCCGGAAGGAUAUUCUGGAUUGCUAGAGAGGUCCGAUCUGCCAUGGGGCCCGAAAUGAUGUCGCACUACAAUUUCGCAAUCUGCAUUUUGAUCGAAUCUGGUGUGGUCUACACUGCUUCUACCAUUUUGUUGUUUUGCCUGUCGCCCACAAAAUUUGUUUUAUUAGGAGGAAUUAUAUCAAUUCGUACAGUCUGCAUCAUGCCUAUUCUUCUUCUUGUACAAAUAGCAUUAGGGCAAUCGAUAAAAGACGUCGACUCCACCAUUAGCCGAAUAGAAAUGGCGUCUACACCACCAGUUAUACUAGACACCAUUAUUAGCAACAAUGAUCAUGGGUGGGACACAAGCACUCACCCUCAACAUAGUAUUGCAUCUCAUGCGGACGAGCGGAGGAAAAACGGCGGCAUAGAUACAAUCGGAAGAGAAAGUUGUAGGGACAGCUAA